CCGAAGACAGAGGAGGCGCUGCAGGGCAGGCGCACUCAUGCCGCCGCCGCUUGAUGGCCGACGCCGCCGCAUCACCGUCCCCUCCCUUGCAGCUUCUUGCCGUCCCAAUCAACACUCGUCGAUCCCCUCGACCCCGGCCGGACGGGAUAGUCAGGUCGCCGGCAACCCCCAAACCCGACCUCCAGCUCGGCGGCUGCCCCAAACCAGACCCCCAGCUCGGCGGCUGCAGAGCCCAAGCAUGUCACCAAGAUCAAACAUGUCAGCAUUGCCAGGGGCAACCGGAGAGCGCAUCUGCCGGAACAACUCAGAUGUGGUGUCGAAUACCAUUAUCAUGCUGCCUGUUGAUGGUGAGUGCCAAUGCAGGCUACCACGGAACAAGGCAGAUAUGGGGGAGCCUAUCAGUUUCCCCGCAUCGGGCCUGCCUAUGUACCUCAGCUGCUGGCCGGAGCCUAACGAGAAGACAUAACAGCCAUCGGACCUCAACAUUUGGACACUGUGAAGCAAUAGUCGGUACUCGCCGGUAGGGAUGUGCGGGUAGAUCCCCAAGACUGUGUACUCGACAGUAGGGCCAUAAUCCAGCGGGAGGGGAGCAUACUGACGAGUGGCAGGGUUGCAGAUGGAGAAUUGGCAGCCAUAUGAGAUCAUGUUGCGGAAGGAGAGGACGAGGAGGCCAUCACGGGAGGCACUUAGUCUUGGACAGAAGUUGGAGGCGGCGUCAAGUCGUCCGGGAUGGCGAUCUCGUCCGGGAUUCCGCGGUGGGGAGCAGGAGGAUCCGCCAUGGCCGGCGGCGGCUGGGAGCAGAGCAAGAGGAGAGUGAGUGCGCCGGCGUCUAGGGGAGUGUGAGUGUGAGGUAGGUAGGUCUGCCUCUCUCGUGGACACAGCAGUCAGAAAUGCAUCUCGUUGAGCCGGGCUCAGCCCAUCUCGUUGCCGACAGAUAGCGCUUCAACGGGCUGGGCUUGCUUCUAUGCAACGGGCUGGCGUUGCUUCUAUUUAUGUGAAGAAUCCACUCAAAAACAAAAAGGAAAAGGGUACUCCACUAAAAAAAACUCAAAAAGAAAAAGACUGUGCUAGUAAGUGAUUGAUUCCUCCCCAAAAAAGUAAGUGUUCAACUUGGCACCGGACGGAUGCCUACAAACAACUAGUGAUCUAUUUCUUCCGGUUAUUACAACGAGAAGCCUCCAAUGUUCCAUGAACAUAUAUUAAGCAUGACUUAUUAAGACCAUUAUGUAUUAGGUUUUCAUCGUCCGACGACUAGGGAAAACUCUUGCCUUAAAGCUCGGCGGCGUGUUGUGGAUUCGCCUCCCCUCUGUCUGCCGUUCGGCGGCUGAUGGCGUGGAGCAGAAUCUUGAUGCCUUCGCUCUAGUUAGUAGUUUAGGUUAGGGUUUUUUAAGUCCUAAUAGGUACGGUUCUUCGACGGAUGGUGAUGCUUCUUCUUCGAAUUUGCCUUCCCGGCUUUGAUCCUUCACAAGUUCAUACAUCUCGAUGUACUCGAUGGAGUUCCAGCAUAGAUUCCUGCCCUAUUCUUUGGCCAACACUAGUAGAAUACAGGGCUUUGGUCCAGGCCGGGUCAGCCCAUUAGUCCC